AUGGCGGCCAGCCUAGACGCGGCUCCAGAUGCUCUAGCCACCUUUUCCGGUCAGGACACCGGGGUUCAAGUGGCGGAAGGGGAGAGUGUGGUAGAUGCAGCACAGGUCUACUCUCACUGUAAGUUAACCCACGCACCAGUAGUCAUCCCUGCCUCAGUGGUGCACAUGGUGGGUCUCAUCGAGUACGACGGUCGGACUGUCAUAUAUUACGAACAACUAUACGUACCACUCGCCCUUUACGUCUACGAGUACCUCGUAUAUGCGGGUGCACAGAAGGCAGCACAAACAUUUCUGCAGGAGGUGCGUCCAUUGUUACAUCGUUUUACUUUGUUAUCAUGA